AGUUCAACCCCCUGCCUUGCACAUACGUCGAUUAUGAGAAUCUCGGUCAGCAUCGACAUCGACGGCAUUCACAACAAAUCUUCCUACUAGUCAAUUCGACACCGCUGUAAAAUGAGUACGACGAACUCGGAUCUGAACAAUGAGUCCGAACGGACGAAUUUUGCUCCCGCGGAUGACGACAAUCCCUCUGACCACUCCACAAACGUAGAGACGCUGCCGGAGGAAGAGAGACUUCGCCAAGAGCAUAAGCGACUGCGACGCGAGAACAUGGAGUUGAUAGGGAAGGUGACCACUUUGGAGAAAGCGAGCGAGGAUUUGCGAAUAGACAAGGAACGACUGGAGAAGGAUGCUAGAGCGGUCGAAGCAAAGUUCGAGAGGUUGCACCGUGACCAUAUAUCCUGCGUCGAGGAUUGUCGAAAUCUCUGGAUUACGGCAGCGAGCCUGCGAGAAAUUGUGGCGAGGUUGGAGAUCGAGAGGAAGGGGCUGUGGGAGGAGGUUUGGGUGCAUAGGAAUAGGGCGGCGCAGCUGGCUGGGGCGUCAAGCAGCCCUGGUUUUGAAG